AUGACAGAUUCGCCUAUUUUGGAUGCCAUAAUCAUGAAAUUCUCGCUCCAUCGGGCGAUUGUUUGUUUGGAUCCAUCGAGUGCAUCUGGCGAGCCUGACGAUGCCUUUGUAGCAGAUGCGUCCAGAAAGUCUCUUCUUGCUCUUUUGGGUGCACUUAUCUCGUUUAACUCGAUUCUUCCCUUUUUGAGAUUUAACUUUCUUGCCGCGAUCGAUGGCACCUCCUCUUAUUCGGUUAUUCCAUCUCCGAAUGAAGCAUCGGCCCCUGCAAGCACACCCACAAUCAUCAAAAGUAGACUGUAUCCCUUGAGGGAUUUCAGGUUCAAUGGCCCCAUCUUUUACCAUUUAGAUAUUCGCUAUUUAUUUUGGCCCGAAGAUUGGGCUACGACAAGCCUGUAUAUAGGUAAGCGUUUGUGUUGUGCUCACCUUAAAAGAUUGGAAGGAGAAACUGGAAGGCAGAGCAACGAGCCUCUUUACAUUGUUGGUGUCUAUUGCGGACCCGUCAAAUUAGGAGAAGGUACUGUUGCGGCCAGAGAUGCUCUUGAGCGAUAUUAUUUGGAAGAGGAGAAAAACAUAUCCAUUUUGCCAUCAGAGGCGGGGACAUGCAAUGGGGCCCAUUCCCUAUUCAAGCCCUUCAAUCUUUAUGAUGCAUUCGCCGCUGCCACGCAUCCCCCAAACGCUAAAAUCAAUUAA